AUGCAGGAGGAGCGCGCGCGGUCGUCUCGUCUGGCGGCAGAGCUGCGCAACGCGCAGGUGAUUGUGCAGAAGCUGCAAGGGCAGCUGGAUUUGCAUCGGGAGCGAGACGAGCUACUAGGAGAUCUUGAUGGCAGCUUGGGCCAAGAGCAGGCCCGUAAAGGCGGCCGAAAGCAGAGUCUGCAGGCUCAGGAGAAGCAGGAGAAGAAGGCUGUCAUGGCCGAACUGGCCCAGAUCGAGAAAAUGCGCAGCGAGCGCCAGAAGGAUCGCCAGCAGCGGCUGAAGCAGGCAAAAGGCAAGGGCAAGGGCAAGCGAUCUGCAGAUGAAGCUGGCCUGCCCACCAAGGAACAGGACAUUGUCGACCUGGACUGA